AUGACGGAUUCAGCGGUGCAAGCAGAGCAACAGGGCGACAUAGAGAACAAAGAAGCCGCGCCCGAGCAACAGCCGAAAAAGAUCAUUGCUGAACGCGUGCGUGGAACUGUCAAGUGGUUCAACGUGAAGAAUGGCUACGGUUUCAUCAAUCGUAAUGAUACGAAGGAAGAUAUUUUCGUCCACCAGACAGCCAUCAUGAAGAACAACCCCCAAAAAGCCGUCAGAUCCGUCGGCGAGGGUGAGGAGGUUGAAUUUGAUGUGGUCGUUGGUGAAAAAGGCAAUGAAGCCUCGAACGUGACUGGCCCUGAGGGCGCCCCUGUUCAGGGCAGUCCUUACGCAGCCAAUCGACGGAGCGGAGGAGGUGGCGGUGGAUUCCGCAGUGGUCAGGGCGGAAGAUACUCUCAGCGGCGUCGGGGGCCUCCCAGAGAUCGCAGAAGCAAGGGCGAUGUCAAAGAAGACGGAUAUGAAGAUGAAGAUGCUGGUGAAAGGCCCCCGCCCGCUAGGCGUUCCGGUAGCCGCGGUGGCCGUGGCGGAUCCGGAGGCCGGGGUGCUUUCCGCUCUGGCCCGCCAAGACCCGUUCCCCGCAGAAGACGCGAAGACGAUGACGUGGAUGGAGAAGCACCUCGCAGAGACCAAGGUCGCGGAGGACCUCGCCGCGGAGGAGGAGGAGGUGGAGGAGGUUACGGUGGAGGAGGUGGCGGUUACGGCGGUGGAGGCCGGGGAGGGAAUGGCCCACGCAGGCCCCCCGCGAGGAGACCGCCUCGCUCCGACACCGAUGGCGAAUACGACGGAAGCGACCGCGACCACCGUGAUGACGGAGAUCGUGCCCCACGCCGUGGUACAGGAAGAGGUGGAGGCGGCGGUCCCCGCAGAGGAGGUGGGGGUGGUGGUGGACCCCGCUCCGGCGGCGGCGGCUUCGGCGGCGGUGGCCGACCCGGAGGACGCGGCGGCCGUGGUCUUCCGAGAGGCCGUGGGGGUCCCCGUGAUCACCACAACGGCGACGGUGGAGACAACUAAGCCCUCUCGUCAGUGAGCCCGCUAUGUCCGCGGUAGUCAGCCCCAGGAUAUUCGAUCUAUCUAUCAAAGAUCACGGCGGCAGGCACAUACUCAGACAGAAGGGACGAAAAAUAUUUUCUAUCUCUCUAUCGAAAGGCAAAACCAUACAAACAAGCAAAAAACCAUACAUACAUAUAAACAAGCAAAGCAACAGCAAAGUGUGUGUAGCUCUCAGCAGCCCGUCAAACGCUAACCAGAACGUAAUAAUCACAACAGAAAGCCCGCCGAGGACAAAAGUGUUCCCACGAGGAUGGAACCCAAUCAAAAUCUAACAGAUUGCUCAUCGACCGCCACGACUCGAUUUCAGUCUGUGAGCCGACAGAUGUCGCUCGUAAUUGUGAUUAUCGUGAUCGUGAAAACAACCGAAUAGCGAAUCAUCGAAACAACAGCUCACUGCGGAAUCGCAAAGCAAAUCGCUGGAGAAGUUCUCCACGCGAUCGGCGAAUUGGCGUCUCGGAAAUUCGGAAGAGAGGAAAGUCUAACGCAAAGGAGGUUUCCUUGCUAAGUACGCCUUCAGCUCUCCCCAAAGUACCCCUCACGACAAGCAAGAAUGGAUGAAGCCUCCUUUUUCUUCUCAUCUGCCUCCUCGUCCAUUGUCCUCGACGGGUCGAUGUCGCCCGCUAUCCAACUGCAACCAACAACAACAUCAACUUCCGUGACAGCAGCAACAAAAGAAAACAACAGUCAAAAACAUCAGAAACAAGAAGAACAACAUCGACAACAACAACAACAUGAUUUAUGUACUUUACUACUCAGCUAUCGGAGAUUAUCUCCGAUUUAGAAACAAACGACAGAACAGCAGCAUGAGCAUAAAAGCAUAAGCACCCGUCGUCAACAGGCCGAGUCGCGCGCCCUUUCAAACACCCGGAUGCCCGACGUCUAGUCCCACUUCCCCUCGCAAAGCUCUCUGGAAACUCUUGAACUUCUGAACACCGACAAACAUCCA